ACUUUAGAAAUAAAAAUAAUAUAAAUUAAAAUCCCUUACCUUUAUUAAUUAAAAUUACCAAAUGCACUAAACCAUGUGUUAUUCUGUAAAAUGCCAAAAAUUGUGGAGUUGACAGUGGAAUUACAUGUGCAAAGAGUGUCCUGUCCAGGCGUGUGGUUGUGUCAAGAUGGGCGCGUCUCGCUCACGGUGGCGAUGCUCGGCACCAGUUAUCAAACGAGCCAGCUGCCUCCAUGCUUCCCGUUGCAAUUCAAAGAUGUUUUCUACUUUAGAAAGAGAUUCAGAGACUCCUGUUCGCUAAGCAAUGUGUGUUGUAUGAUGAAAGACGAAACAAUAUACUGUGAGCUGAUCCAGUGGUGCCAGGAGUAUGACUCGGGGUCCUGUAAGAUCCUUGCGCAGUAUCUUGGAGCUCUCAAUGAUGUGCUGUUUCCGUCUAACAACUGCUGCAGUGAUGGUCUUGAUCUUCUCAUGAGAAGGUCUAAGGAUUUUCCUGGCAUACUGUCGCCAAAGAUCGAGGUGACCACGAAGAUGCGUAUGGACGAGGUGUGGGUUGACCCCGGAGCCCCCGACCUGCGCCAGCCUGUGCUGCAAGAGUGCUACUACAGUGUGACCCCGGAGCGACGGCAGAAACCUGUGUGUCAUAGCUCCAGGUACCAUAAAUACAAAGGCCAUGACACUCACGGGGCAAAAUCAAAAUCAACCGACAGAACUACGUCAUCCAGAUCAUACUGCAGUUUGCUGCCUCCCAGAGACGAAACUACUAAAAGCUGUAGCGAAUCGUACAAUCCAGUGAAACCUACCCGCAUUCCCGUCCCGUCCCCCUACACCCGCAUGCACAGCCCACGAGCCCAACAUCAGGCAUGUCACCUGUAUACAGACAGAGAUAGCAAUAUACAAGACGCGACGAAAGGGAAAGAGACGGAUGGAAAUUUAAGCGCACGAGAACUCGAAGAUAUAUCAUCGAUGAACGAAAAAGACAUAAGCAGGACUCUUCUGGAAAGCAGAUACAUUGAUGAGGUGAGACAGUCAGCAAAAAAAGUUGAUAAAAAAAUAUCCUGUCACGUUAAAACGGGGCCGUGCGUUUGCGGUAUAUGCCGACGGUACCACGAACUAUUUCAUCGAGACAGUCCAUAAACACAAGUAACUUUUUUGCUAAUGAUAAAUUAAAUUAUGUUUUUUUUUUAUUAUAAAUUAUCUACUAGUUAUAAGGGAUUAUUUUAUCUUGGAUCCCGAGAUGCCAAUUGAAGGCCCCAUAAAAAUAUUUUCUACAAACACUACCUAUGAAUAGGUACG